AAAGGUCAAAGAUGAAGAGGAGAAAAACUGGGAGCAUAGCACUGGCGACUGGCGUGCAGUUCCAUGGCGUCUUAUCACCAGAACGAAUAGGCUCUCGCGGCUGGCCCGACUCUUCACCGCUUCUUAGAGCCACCCUAAACAAUUGUUACUGUUACACAUUUAAUAAUUAUUUUAUUAAGUAACUAUUAAUUAAGUUGGAUCAUCAAUGUCUUCAGUUCGUAGAUUAAUGGCGGCUAUGUGUAACGCAAUGCCGUUGAAGCACGGCCUCUCACUGUGGUGUCCGCAAUCGUCUUCUCUCCAUCGGACUCCUCAGCUUCCUUCCAGAACCUUCCGGAGAAGCUUCGUUGUUGCUGCUUCUUCGUCUUUCGCCAAUGAGAAUAGAGAAUACGUGAUAGUUGGAGGAGGAAACUCUGCUGGAUAUGCUGCUCGGACUUUCGUCGAACAUGGGCAGGCUAAUGGGAAGCUUUGCAUUGUUUCCAAAGAGGCAUAUGCUCCAUAUGAGCGUCCAGCAUUGACAAAAGCUUAUCUAUUCCCUGUGGAUAAGAAGCCUGCACGCUUGCCGGGCUUUCAUACUUGUGUUGGCUCAGGUGGGGAGAGACAGACUCCUGACUGGUACAAAGAGCAAGGGAUAGAGAUGGUGUAUGAAGAUCCAGUAACAGGCAUUGAUAUAGAAAAACAGACUUUGACAACAAAUUCUGGAAAAUUGCUCAAGUUUGGAACUCUUAUUAUAGCUACUGGGUGUACAGCCUCUAGAUUCCCAGAGAAAAUUGGAGGGGGAUUACCUGGUGUUCACUAUAUUCGGGAUGUUGCAGAUGCAGAUUCACUUAUAUCCUCACUGGAGAAAGCAAAGAAGGUUGUAGUUGUUGGGGGUGGCUACAUCGGUAUGGAAGUGGCUGCAGCUGCAGUUGGUUGGAAACUUGAUACAACUGUAAUUUUCCCUGAGGAGCAUCUACUGCCUAGAUUAUUCACUUCUUCCCUUGCACACAAGUAUGAACAUCUAUAUACAGAAAAUGGUGUCAAAUUUGUUAAGGGUGCUUCAAUAAAACAUUUAGAAAGUGGUCCUGAUGGACGUGUAGCUGGGGUUAAACUUGGAGAUGGAUCUGUCAUUGAAGCAGACACGGUGGUUGUUGGCAUUGGAGCAAAACCUGCUGUCAGUCCAUUUGAAACUGUUGGCUUAAAUAAUACUGUGGGUGGAAUACAGGUUGAUGGUCAGUUCAGAACAAGCAUACCGGGAAUUUUUGCUAUUGGAGAUGUCGCAGCAUUUCCAUUGAAGAUUUACAACCGAACUGCACGAGUGGAGCAUGUUGAUCAUGCUCGUAAAUCAGCACAGCAUUGCGUAAAAUCACUAUUGACCGCACACACUCACACAUAUGAUUAUCUCCCGUACUUCUAUUCAAGGGUUUUUGAAUAUGAAGGAAGCCCAAGGAAAGUCUGGUGGCAAUUUUUUGGGGACAAUGUUGGUGAGACUGUUGAAAUUGGGAAUUUUGAUCCAAAGAUUGCAACGUUUUGGAUCGACUCAGGUAAACUGAAGGGGGUUCUUCUUGAAAGUGGAAGUCCUGAGGAAUUCCAACUGCUUCCUAAACUAGCAAGGAAUCAGCCUUUUAUUGACAUAGCCAAACUUCAAAGCGCAUCAUCUGUCGAAGAGGCUCUGGAAAUUGCUCAAGCUUCCCUUGGUGCUAAAGCUACUGUUUAGUCCACAAGGUCAGCCAUCACAACUGGCAUCUCUGUACUUAUUUCAAUGGCUCUGGCAAAAGAUAGUCCUGGCUAUCCAUGAGUUUUAUCCAUUCUUUGGAGUUCAACCUGCCCUCCUAUAAGUAUCCAACCAUUCCAAUUUAUGCAACCUAGAGAGAGAGAGAGAGAGGAGGGAUGGAUUUUAAUCACACUGUAUUAGUUGGAUAAUCUCUAAAAAUAAAAUGUUUUUUUUUUUUUUUAAGUGGAUUAGUAUUUAGUGUUCACUUUGUGCUCUGAUUGAUUUCUAAUAAAAACUUAUUGAGUUAGAGUGA